AUGGAACGCAUUCUGAAGCGAGCCAUCCUAGAUCACCUUACUUCCAGCAAUCUGAUAUCUCCAGCUCAACACGGAUUUCUCCCAAACCGUUCUUGCGUGACAAACAUGCUCGUCACUAUUAGACAUUUGUUUAUGCGAAUUUUCGCGCUGGCGAGGAUACUGCCCCGCGCUGAGAACAUAACGAGCAGUGCUACACCCUUUUUUCACUUGUGCCUUUCAGGUGAACGACAGCCACUGACCGACAAGAACAAAACCGACCCGGGAAACUUGGGCAAAAGCCUCGAUCCUGUGUAUCAAUCCCUGAACGGCAACCGCUUUACGAAAAGAACAAAACCAAUCCGGGAAACUUUGGCGAAAGCCUCGAUCGUGUGUAUCAAACCGUCGGUGGAUAAAAACAAGGAAAGGCGGCACAACCUGUCGCGCAGGAUGUCCUCUCCAGAACUGAGCGGUUUUGACGCCGCAUUUCCCCCUAGUUCUACCGUUGCCAAUCCGUCCCCCGAUCCCCACACCAAAUUCGAUGCAAUGCCCCCUCGGGAGACUGCAGAAAUCAAAAGUUGUACUUGCCCCAUGAGAGAAAAAGUCCGUUCCUUGAUCUACUGGCAAGAUCCGAUCCAUUCGGCUGCGGUGCUCGCCGUUCUUUUGGCCGCUCAGUUUGGUUUCUUGUACCUUUCGGCGAUUUCAUUCGUUGCCUACACUGGAUUUUUCCUCCUUCUUUCCAUCAAUCUAUGUCGGUUAUACUAUCACUACAUCGCUAAAACCGAGAGCCAAUUUAUCAAAGAAUACCUAGAACGUGAUGUCAGUCUCCCUAAGGAUCAGAUGGCAGAUGUGGCUCGCCGACUUACGGACCACGCAAACGAAGUCAUUGUGCAGGCACGAGAUGUGUUCCUAUUGACGAAUAUUGGCGCAUCCGUGAAAUUCGGGGUCCUGCUUUAUUUGAUGACCUACGUUGGUGCGCGAUUCAACCUGCUGACUUUGUGCAUCACGGGCACUGUCCUAGCAUUCUUCCUGCCGAAAUUUUACAAAACAUACCAGGAUGAAAUCGAUCGCGCGCUAAGCGUCUUCAAAGAGAAACUAGAGAAAGUCGUAACUCAGAUCAAUUCAAAGUUGGAUAAAGUCCCUAUCCUUGGGUCUCGAAAACACAAGGAGCAGUAGUCCGGUCCCUUUACAUCUCAUCCUCUGUAUGAUGUCAACGACAGGUUCUUCCGCACACCAAUGCUAACUAUACUGUCUCAAAGCCCUUUUUGACCUUGUCUACAUGUUCUCUGUUCGUAAUAUUUGCAGUCCAGCACGGGCCAAUGAUUUUCCUUUCAUCUACAACUUUCUGUCGCGCUCCGUUGGCGAGGCGCGUCAUCCCAUCGACUGUUUACUUUAUCUUACAGGUUCUGUAGUCUUGCUCCCCCCUUUCGAUCCCACCGCGUACCCAAGUUCUGUGCUCAAUAUCCAUCAUCGAUUUAUUACCCUUCAGCAACCUUACUUCUCAUCACUAUCAAUUUGUGUUAUACACAAACAUGCUUGCUUACCAUUGUUACAUGACCAACAGUACCUCAAGUUCUCAUUGCUUGCAUUUGGUCCCAUGCAUCACAGCACAUUGCCGGCAACUUUGUAUACUUUCUACUCGUGACCAGUUUGGUAAUUAGUGAUCCCUCCGCGUGUAAUCCUGUGUAGUUUGUCAUCCCGGUUUGCUGUAUCUGCUGGUUCGUUGUGCAACCGCUGUCAUUUCCCCCUGGAAAAGGUAGACACUGCAUCGUUGCCUUCUCUGACUGGGUCGCCUUGUCCACUAGUGGUUCAUGCCAUUUGUUGUAGAACUCUCGUGUUCGUGGUGAAUUUCUC